UAGAGGCGGCCGUUGCGCGGCGCCGCCUCGCUGGGCAGCCGCCUCGCGGGCUCCUCCCGCGCUGCCCUUGCCGGCCCGGGCCGCGUGGCGCAGCGCCGCUUCUGCGGGGCGGGCCCUGACCCCGCCGGGCUGCUGCUCUGGCUCGAGUGUCCUCGCAGCGUGCGGUGUGUGAGGCCCCGGGUCUGCGUGUUCUCCCCCCCGCGGGCGUUGUGCGUCUGAAGACGCAAGUGUCGCCUGACUCUGGGUCCUUUUCCAGCCGCGGAUGGAAGCUCGGCCGAGGUCCCUCGCUGGUUGCGGUGGCUUCCUUGCGGCUUUGGGGAGACCCUGUAACCGCUCCAAGCUUUGUUUCUUCUGUACCUGCUUGGUGUGUAGUAAAACUUAACUGUGGUUAUAAAAGUACUUUGCUUUGAGUGUCUUUAAGCAGCAGAAAGCCCCGUGUGGGUGUGUGCAUCCAUACGAAUUAGUGGCAGUUUCAAUCCCAAAUAAGAGGAAUCGUUAGAGGGGUUCCCCCCCUCACCCUUUUUUCUUAAAGCUAACGGUAAGUGCCGAAUUUCUGUUUCCUGAGGAAAAAUCUGCUUGCUCCAGAAACUACAGUUCUGCAGUGGAGACAAGCUCCGGAUCCGUGCCCUUGGCCUGUGAGGACCGGCGCCGCGGAAGCUGAGCGGGUAUGCCUACAGCUGGUGCUAAUUACAAACUCAGUGAAGGAGGCAAGGUUUAAACUACAUGGAAUUCGAGCCACCCUGUUUCCUGUGAGGUCUGAUCCUGUCAAGGCUGGGGGCAGGAGCACUCUGCUGAAGUGGCAACCAAAUCUACCAUGUGAAAAUUGAACUCCUGUAGCGUGAUUUUUUGUAAAAAAAGGGUCAUUACACUUGUAUAUCCUGUUACAGCAGUUUUGGACAGUGAAACACAUAAAACAGUUGGAAGAAACAGCUGCUGUUCAGCCUCCUGAAGGAACUGUCAAACUCGUCUUUCUCAAGAUAGCUGGAAUGGAUGAAAAAAUAAGUUGCACAACCCAAAUGCUUGAUUCAUCAAGGCUGGCUGGAGAGCUGCUCAAAGACAGUGCCAUCUGAAGUCCAUCUCCUGGGCCCUGGCAGAACCUGAAUUUUAAUAUGAAGGGGAUUCACAGGCAUUGUACCAAAGAGAUUUGCUGUUACUCUGUACUCAAAAACUACACAGUUUUCCACUGGGACCACUUCUGUUUUAAAAGGAAUACAAAAUGAGGAACUAAAUGGUGUGUACUUUAGUUACUGCUCACACAGACUUCAAUGAAGAGAGAGUAUGAGAGAAUCUAUUCUCUUUCAGCAGCUGUAGUAGCAGAAAUCUAAGCUACGUGAUUAUCCAACUGUCUUACCCUGUUAGAAUUGAGGUGUUGUGUGUGCAGAAGAGCUAUCCGGUGACUUGUGUGACAUUACUCCUGAUUUAAAUUGGCAGCAGCAUGAAAAGAAUCAAGCCUUAGUUGUCCAUGAUGUCUAUAUGGAAGUCUGGUGAUAAGGCUUUCUACCACUGGUCAUCAUGUUGGCAGAAGGCAUCUUAACAGGACUUGUAUAUAAAGAAAACUGUGAUCAAGAUAAGCCUCACAAAUGUCAUGUAACCAAAAAGGAUAAGGAGGGAAUGUGGAGAGAGAAACUUGUAGACAACCCCAAAAUUAAAGAGUUUGCUACUGGACAUGAGAAGCAGGACAAGAUCACUGCUAAUAGUAGCAAAAUGGAACACAAGAGGGACCCUCACUGGAAAUCCAUAAAAGAGUUACCUGCAAAAGAUCAGAAAGUACUUGUUAGAGGAGCCACAUCACCAGCUUUGUGUAUUCCCAAAAGAGGAGAAAAUAAUGAACAGCUGGAUUUGUAUAGAUCCUGGUCAUGCAACAGCAUUUAUCAAAACUAUCCUGACUUACAUAUUGGGGGAGACCGUGUGGGUGACCAUACAUGUGACUCAGGUUGUGUUCUGGACCAUGUGUGUGAUGAACUUCCUGAUGGCCCUGUUCUGCUGUCUGCAGAUAUUCCUCUAGGUCAAUCCCCUCUAUCGGAACACCUUGAGAAGCCUAGUGUAAAGUCCCUGUCUGCAGAUGAAAGUGGAGAAAGGAGUAUGGUGCUCUGUGAAGAGCCUCUUUCAAACUCCAUGCUCAACAACUACAUGGAAAGAAAAGUGGCAGAGCUCUAUAAACAGUUUUUUGAAGAAAACUUGGCCAGGUGUGGUUCUGUAACGAACCUCCUGACUUGCAGUUUGAUAAGGAAUAACUUGAAUCAGAUAAGCUUUCAGAUAUCCCAGGAGCAGAAUAUGGAAACAUCUAAAGCUAGAGAGGUGCUCUUACAUUCUCUAGCUUUGUUUAGUUUGCGUAAUGCUACUAAUGGAAAUAGCUCUGAAUUUAGUACUCCAGACUUACAGAUCUCAAACCCAGCAUGUGUGGAAAAGAGCUGCAGGAUACAUUUCACAUCAUAACUGAACUGCGUAGCUGAAGAGAUGAAUAGAAUUCAGAUACAAAUAUUUCACUGUAAGGAUUAGAUUGGGAAAUGAAAACAUAAGACACUACAGACUUUUUCAAAUAAAUGUUUUAACAUUUAAAAUACUUUGUCUAUGGUGCUCUUAUCAGAGGAAGAUAAAAGUCACUGUUGUCUUUUUCUAAUUUGGAAUAAGAAAUGAACUUACCUCUAAAAUGCUGUUCAGCCGUAUUUUUAAAUGGUGUGAGCCCCACUUCUAAGACUCUGGCUCUGUGAGUAAUUAUACUCAUGUAUCAUUGGAUUUACUCCUGCAAGAACAAUCAGUCAAGGCAUAAGUGCUGGUAAAAUUAUGAUGGAAGAGAGUAAUCCAUCCCCCUAGUAAGGAAAAGAGUCAAAUUUUCUUUGAACUGGAAUGUUGAAAACUUGGGCUCUGACUAUAUUGCCUAAUCCAAAGUCCAGCAAAUUUUGCUUCUGCAAAGCUUGAUCAGAGUGGCUGAGAAAAUAUUUCCUUGGUUUGAAAAUCUUGUCAGCAGAUAGAGAUGUUCAGAACUCUGAAUUAUUUUGUGUAUAGUAUCAUGUGUAAGAAAUAUCAGCCUUAAACAUUAAUCAGGACACUCAAGAGGUUCUAAUAUUAUUGCAUAUGUAUAUUUGUAUUGCAUAGGUAAAGUAUGUUACAAUGAAAGUUAAUAAUUUCCUAAGAGGUGAAAUAGCUGAUCAAGAUUGUGUUUUAUUUUCUGUUUUAAAAACAUGUUUUUAUUUUAAAUAAAUUCUUUCCUCUUCAAUGAAA